AUGCAACAAGCAAUUCCUUACAGGUCAUGGCAACCUCUCAUCACACUCUCCCCCACCACUCACUUCACUACUAUCAGCAGCACUAAUAACAUUACUCCUUCCUUUGUGUCCACCAAAAUGGUGCCAAACAUGGUCUUAGAGAACGCGGUUAUAGUGUUCGCAAGGCGCGGUUGUUGCAUGAGCCACGUGGUGAAGCGAUUGCUUCUGGGUCUUGGGGUGAAUCCCGCGAUGCACGAGGUGGAAGAGAAGGAUGAAGCGGGUGUGGUUAGAGAAUUGGAAGCAAUUGUGGGCGCCAACGAAACCAAGAUGCAGUUUCCUGCGGUUUUUAUUGGUGGAAAAUUGUUUGGGGGAUUGGAUCGGGUUAUGGCCACUCAUAUUUCAGGGGAAUUGGUUCCAAUACUCAAAGAAGCACGAGCUCUGUGGCUCUAG